CAGCCCCGCGAGCUAGCGAGCUAGCGAGCAGCACCGGCGAGAGGAGCAGGAGAUAAAGGACUACAGCGGACCAUUGGGGAUCACCCCCAGCAGCUCCUGCGGAUCCUAACCAGGCUGAGGGGUCGUGAUGGAUAGCCAGACUCACAGACGCUGAUGGACACACAAUGACACCCAUGCACACAGCUGCACCACACAGAUGCUCAGAUACAACCAGUGACAGCAUCAUACGCUGCCACAGCCCUGCAAUACAGACACCCACACACACAUACACAGAAACAACUGGUAACUCCGAAACAGGCACAGACAGUGACACACAGAACCGCUACCCCCCAACACACACAAGUAGGGGCACUCAUCCUCCAAACACACACAUAAGACAGCGCUGACCCGCAUAGACAGACCUGGAGACACGCACACCCUCACCCAGGCACUGCUGUCCGUGGCCUCUGCACAUCCUCCCAGCCCCCACGGGGACAUCCUUGCUCCUCCACACACUCACACACACACAGCCACGAGCAAACAUAGCUCACAUACCCCCGGCUCUAGCUCUGGCAGCUCCGACUCCCGCAGCCUCCUUUGUGGGUGAGGAAGAACUCGGCCAACCUUGAAUGGAGCCCGGGUGAAGCCAAGAUCUCAGAAAGGAAAGGGUCUGGCCUGGCAUGACCCUCGCCAGCUCCUCCACUUGGCUAGGUGAUGUCCCUCGGCCCGCGUCCUGGGACCCCUUGGCAGUACCAUGGAGCAACUGACACCCCUCCCACGGCCGGGGGACCCUGGAGCCAUGGAGCCAUGGGCACUGCCCGCCUGGCAAAGCUGGACUCCAGGUCACGGGGGCGAACCUGGAGGUGCAGCCCCAAGCAUUGGUGAUACUCCGGCAAUUCUGCAGGUUGGAGAACUGGACACUUUGGAGAGCUCCAAGCCCCAGGGAACCCAGAGCCCUGGGCCUGUGGGGGGCGCUGACCCUGAAGGAACAGAACCUGGGCUGCCCAGCCUGGGGCAACAAGCAUCGAGCUCAGGACCCAGCUGCUUGAGGCUGGAUGAUGAGGAGGUGGAGGCUUUCCGUAAGGGCAAACUGAACAUGGGCUUCGGGGACAGGCCCAAUCCGAAGCUGCUGAGGGCCCUGGGGGAGCUGCAGCAGCGCUGUGCCAUCCUUAAGGAGGAAAACCAGAUGCUGAGGAAGAGCAGCUUUCCAGAGACAGAGGAGAAGGUUCGGAGGCUGAAGCGGAAGAAUGCCGAACUGGCGGUCAUUGCCAAGCGCCUGGAGGAGAGGGCUCGGAAACUGCAGGAGACUAACCUGAAGGUGGUGAGUGCCCCCAUGCCCUGUCCAGGGGCCAGCUUGGAGUUGUGCCGGAAGGCCCUGGCCCGCCAGCGAGCCCAGGACCUCAGUGAGACAGCCAGCGCCCUGCUGGCCAAGGACAAGCAGAUUGCUGCCUUGCAGCGGGAGUGCAGGGAGCUGCAGGCCAGGCUCACCCUGGCGGGCAAGGAGGGCCCCCAGUGGCUCUACGUGCGGGACUUCGACCGGCUGCUGCGCGAGUCCCAGCGGGAGGUACUGCGGCUGCAGCGGCAGAUCGCCCUGCGCAACCAGCAGGAGCCGCCACCGCUGCCGUCCCGGGCCCCGGGCCCCACUGCCGGGGUCAGAGCGGGGGCGCCCGCCCCCGGGGCUCCGGGAGAGGCCACACCCCAGGAGGAUGUGGAAAACCCACCCGUGAUCCUAGGGGAGCCAGAGAAACAACAGAGGGUGCAGCAGCUGGAGUCAGAGCUCAGCAGAAAGCGGAAGAAAUGUGAGAGCCUGGAGCAGGAAGCCCGGAAAAAGCAGAGGCGAUGUGAAGAGCUGGAACUGCAGCUGAGAGAAGCCCAGAAUGAGAAUGCCCGUCUUGUGGAGGAGAACUCUCGGCUCAGUGGGAGAGCCACAGAGAAGGAGCAGGUGGAGUGGGAGAAUGCAGAGCUGAGGGGCCAGCUCCUGGGGGUGACGCAGGAGAGGGACUCGGCCCUUCGCAAGAGUCAGGGCCUGCAGAGCAAGCUGGAGAGCCUGGAGCAGGUGCUGAAGCACAUGCGGGAGGGGGCCCACUGUGUUUUGGACUGUGACUCGAGGGGCCCCUUGUGGAGAGCCCAGGCAGAAGCCAGGAGAGAACAUGAAGGGGCCGUGCAGCUGUUGGAGGCUACCCUGGACACCAUUGCCUUCUGGCCUAAGGCCCAGGCAGAAGCCAGGAGAGAACAUGAAGGGGCCGUGCAGCUGUUGGAGUCUACCCUGGAUUCCAUGCAGGUCCGGGUUCGAGAGCUUGAGGAGCAGUGCCGGAGCCAAACAGAGCGCUUCAGCCUCUUGGCACAAGAACUCCAGGCCUUCCGCCUACACCCUGGCCCCUUGGAUCUGCUCUCCUCGGCUCUGGGCUGCGGUGUCCUUGGGGACCGCCCGCCACCCCCCUGCUGCUGCUCCACCCCGCAACCCUGCCGGGGGUCUGGCCCCAAAGAUCCUGACCUCCCACCAGGCUCCCCAGGGCGCUGCACCCCAAAGUCUUCUGAGCCUGCCACCCUUGCUGGGGCCCCUCGAAGGGCGACCAAGAAGGCAGAGUCUCUCUCCAACUCCUCUCGCUCUGAGUCCAUCCACAACAGCCCCAAGUCAUGCCCUACGCCUGAGGUGGACACAGCCAGUGAGGUGGAGGAGCUGGAGGCAGACAGCGUCUCCCUGCUCCCAGCAGCACCAGAGGGCAGCCGGGGAGGAGCCAGGAUCCAGGUCUUCCUCGCACGCUAUAGCUACAACCCCUUUGAGGGCCCCAACGAGAACCCAGAGGCAGAGCUUCCGCUUACUGCUGGCGAGUACAUCUAUGUCUAUGGCACCAUGGAUGAAGAUGGCUUUUUUGAAGGGGAGCUCAUGGAUGGCCGAAGAGGCCUGGUCCCUUCCAAUUUUGUAGAGCGCGUGUCGGACGACGACCUCCUGACCUCCCUCCCUUCGGAGCUGGCCGAUUUGUCCCACAGUUCAGGCCCUGAACUCAGUUUCUUGAGUGGAGGUGGGGGUGGCAGCAGUAUUGGGGGCCAGAGCAGCGGGGGCCGGCCAGCCCAGGAGGCUGCAGGGGAUGAGCUCAGUCUGAGCCCCCAGCCCGAGGGCCUGGGCACGCCCCCUGCUGUGCCUUACCCCCGCCACCUGGUCAUCCUCAAGCAGCUGGCCCACAGUGUGGUGCUGGCCUGGGAGCCGCCUCCUGAGAGAGUGGAGCUACGUGGCUACCAUAUCUGUGUGAAUGGGGAGCUGCGUCAGGCCCUGGGACCUGGGGCACCCCCCAAGGCUGUGCUGGAGAAUCUGGACCUGCGGGCCGCGCCCCUCCAUGUUUCCGUGCAGGCCCUGACCAGCCGGGGCAGCUCCGACCCUCUGCGCUGUUGCUUGGCGGUGGGUGCCCAGGCCAGAGUGGUACCUCGCCAGCUGCGGGUUCAUCGACUGACAGCUACAUCCGCUGAGAUCACCUGGGUGCCCAGCAAUACCAAUUUAGCCCAUGCCAUCUACCUCAAUGGGGAAGAGUGCCCCCCUGCCCGCCCCAGCACCUACUGGGCCACCUUCUGCCACCUGCGUCCUGGUACACACUAUCAGGCCCGAGUGGAGGCUCAGCUCCCACCUGGAGGGUCCUGGGAACCAGGCUGGGAGAGGCCAGAGCAUCGGGCUGCCACCCUGAAAUUCACCACACUCCCAGCAGGCCCACCUGAUGCCCCGUUGGAUGUUCAGAUUGAGCCAGGGCCCUCCCCUGGAAUCUUGGUCAUCAGCUGGCUCCCAGUAACAAUCGAUGCUGCUGGCACCUCUAAUGGCGUUCGGGUCACAGGCUAUGCUAUUUAUGCAGAUGGGCAGAAGAUCAUGGAGGUGGCCUCUCCCACAGCAGGCAGUGUGCUGGUGGAUUUGUCCCAGCUGCAGCUACUGCAGGUGUGCAGCGAAGUGGCCGUGCGCACCAUGUCGCCCCAUGGCGAGUCAGCUGACUCCAUUCCGGCUCCUGUCGCCCCAGCCCUAGCCGCGGCCUGCCUGCCAGCCACGGUCUCCUGCCCCUCACCACGACCAGGCUCAGAGGCCAGACCCUCCCUCGCUCCAGCCUGCCCAGGGCCUGGAGACCCCAGCUCUCCUCUCCGGCGCCCUGAGCCCCAUGAAACUCGAGAGCCUCCUGGGCCUCCCCCAGCAAGCCCUCUGAGAGAGAAACCAAAUGGAUCCCAAGAGGAGCCCCUAGUACCUUGCUCCCAGGAGGAAGCUGGGGCGGUUGUGCAGGGCACCUCAGAGGACAGGAGGGCCAGCGAUUCAGCUGUGGGUGAGAGAACUGGCCCUGCACCUUCCUCACUGGCCCAGGAGGAGGCCAAGUGGACCACGGGAGAGGCCCACCCGGCACCCUGCUCCACCCAGGGACCACUGUCCCAGAAGGCUCCCUGUGCUGAGGCCUGCCUGAGAGGAGACACAGGGCCUGGACUGAGGCCCAGGGCUGAGAAGGAGGACACGGCAGAGCUCGGGGUCCGUCCAGUGAACUCCCUUGUGGACCAUGGCCGCAACUCAGAUCUGUCAGACAUCCAGGAGGAGGAGGAAGAGGAAGAGGAGGAGGAGGAGGAAGAGGAGGAGCUGGGUUCUAGGACUUGCUCUUUCCAGAAGCAGGUUGCUGCUGGCAUCAGCAUCAGGGAGAAUGGGCAAAGGUCACAGCCCACGCCCUCCUGUGAGACUGACAGCGACGAGGAAAUCUUGGAGCAGAUCCUGGAGCUGCCCCUCCAGCAGUUCUGCAGCAAGAAGCUCUUUAGCAUCCCUGAGGAGGAAGAAGAGGAGGACGAGGAGAGGCCGAGGGCAGGCUCUUCUCAAGACCCCAGCCCGCCUGAGCCCGCGUCGCUGGGUCUGGGCUGUGAUGGCCGUCAACCCCAAGGACCUGGCCCAUGUCCUUUGUCUCCUGAGCCUUCCAGUGCUGGGGACCACCUGGAGGACAUGCCUGGCUUAGCUGGUGGAAGCAGCUGGAGGAGAGGAAGUGGCUCCACCGAGAAGCCCCCAAACCGCAAGCGGUCCCCAGACCCCCGGGAACACUGCAGCCGCCUUCUCAGUAACGGCGGGCCCCAGGCCUCUGGACGACCAGGCCCCACACGGGAGAGAGGUGGUGCCCCUGUGGGCGAGGGCUCCAGGGGUGGACCAGAGGCUGGUGGGAGAGGGCGGCCGGCCCCUUCCCGGAGGUGUCCACGUGGCCAAACCCCAGAAUCUGGCCUGGCCAGCUGCCUUUCCCCCAAGUGCUUGGAAAUCAGCAUUGAAUAUGAUUCUGAGGACGAGCAGGAAGCAGGCGGCGGGAGCGUCAGCAUCACUAGCUCCUGCUACCUCGGAGAUGGGGAGGCCUGGGGCACCGCACCCAUAGGAAGGCCCAGGGGUGCUCUGAAGGCCAAUUCAGGCCCCAGCCCCUACUCACACCUCCUGGCCUGGGAGAAAGGGGAGCCAGAGCGGAGAGGCUGCAGUGCGACUGGCAGAGCCAAGGAGCCAGCCUCCCGGGCAAUAGAAAUUGGGGAGCCCAGAGGGCAAGAUAGCUCUGGAAGGAGGGGCCACUUGCGGAGAGGGAGCCGGCCCCACAGGCCAGGUGCUACUGAGCUGGCCCCGUCCAGGAGCCCCCCAGAAGUGCUGGCUUACCAGGACCUACCUGUUAGGGUCUUUGUGGCUCUGUUUGACUAUGACCCUGUGUCGAUGUCACCUAACCCUGAUGCUGGGGAAGAGGAGCUCCCCUUUCGGGAGGGCCAGGUCCUGAAGGUGUUUGGGGACAAGGACGCUGAUGGCUUCUACCAAGGAGAAGGUGGGGGCCGGACGGGCUAUAUCCCCUGCAACAUGGUGGCUGAGGUGGCUGUGGACAGUCCCACAGAAAGACAGCAACUGCUCCAGCGGAGUUAUUUGUCCCCAGAUGUUCUCAUCGACAGUGCAGCCCGCACAACUGGGCCUCCCCCCAAGCCCCGCCGCUCCAAGAAAGCUGAGUCAGAAGGUCCUGCUCAGCGCUGUGCAGGCCCCCCUCAGCCGGUCUCCUCUGCCAGCCUGAGAGCUCCCCGAGCCAUGGUGGCUGCGUUUGACUACAACCCCCGAGAGAGCUCCCCCAACAUGGAUGUGGAGGCAGAGCUGCCCUUCCUAGCAGGAGACGUUAUUACUGUGUUUGGGGGCAUGGAUGAUGAUGGCUUCUACUAUGGGGAACUGAAUGGACGGAGGGGCCUGGUUCCAUCCAACUUCUUGGAGGGCCCUGGGCCUGAGGUGGGCGGCUCAGACAGGGAGCCUGGAACCCUCCAGGCCGAGACUCAGAGAACGAGGAGGAGAAGAGUCCAGUGCUAGAUGGAGAUAGAUAUAUGUAGAGAGAGCAACAUGACUGGGCCAGCUCAACACAAGGGCCCACAGUGCCCCUAGGCUGGCCCUGUGCCCCUGGCCCUGGCAGCUUCCCCAGGUUUGAACUGGGGGUGCCGCAGGGUACAGGCGAGAAGAUGCGAGGUCUCCUCUCCAAGG